UGUUCUGUGAAGUCAGUGUUAAUGCAUAUAUAUUGUUAUGGAUCUCGAGUAUAAUCUACUGGAAAAUGAACUGGCACUCUUUGCCGAAGAGGAACAAACGAUGGCAAUGUUUUAAGGCCGUAUUGGAGCUCGUAUUAUGGGCAUGCUAAAGAAUGGCAAUGAUUUUGGAGAAGACGAUGAUGAUGGAAGCUGGGUCAAAGUCGAGGUGGAUAUAGAAGGCUAUAGAACUAUGGGUGAUCCAUCAUUCAGAAAACACUACAGACUUAGGAAAGACACAUAUGAGACUCUUCUUGAAACUCUGGCGCAUCAUCUUGUAUAUUCAGGCAAAGUGCAGAGAGUGAGAACACCAUUGGACAUCCCACUUCUUAUGGUGCUAUGGAUCCUCGCCAACCCUGACUCUUUCCGAAGUGUGGCCUUACGUUUUGGAGUCUUGCCAGGAACUGUAUAUUACCAUUACGCCUACAUAAUAGAAGUUCUGCGUGAACUGGCACCCAAAUACAUUCAGUGGCCUGAUGCUGAAGAAAGGAUUGUAAUCAAGGGAAGCUUUCAAGCAUAUUCUGGUUUCCCUGGUAUUGUGGGUGUAGUGGACGGUACCUACAAUAAUAUCACAGCUCCAAUUGAACAGCCAGAUCGAUACAUAAAUAGGCACGACACUUUCAGCUUCAAUACCAGUGUCGUUUGCGAUCAUACGCUGUUGAUAAGGGAUAUACAUUUGGGAGAAGUAGGGAGCAUUCACGAUCAGCGUGUGUUUCGGAGAAGUCCCUUGUAUCAAAGGCUCCUCAAUGACGACCAGCAGCAGCUUAUUGCAGUUGAUGAGCAUCUGAUUGGUGACGGCGCAUAUUCUGUCUCUGAAACAAACUUUAUCAUGUCACCCUUCAGGAACAGGGGCAACAUGACCGAGUUGCAGAGACGCUUCAACUAUGCCCUGUGUUGGUGCCGUGCACGCAUUGAACAUACGUUUGGAAAAGCAUUUGGGCAGUGGCGACGUAUGAAGAUGUUGCAGUGCGUAAACCUAGACAUUGCCACCGACCAUAUCAUGGCGUGUUUUGUGCUUCACAAUUUUAUGAUUUUGAACGGUGAAGUUUUGAUUGAUCUGGAAGAUGCUUGGGAGGCGCCUGAUGAUGUACUGGAGCGUCUGAUGGAAAACGAGCCAAUGCCACUUGAACAACAUCUCAUCAAUGUCCUCUUCUGUCAUCUUACUCAUUGA